AUGGCAAAAGCAGCCUAUGAUGAAGCUCUCAUGCUUUGGGAACUGGUGGGCUACUAUCCAUCAUCUCCAACCACCAGCCUUUCUGGAACCAGCAAACUAACCACUCAGAAAGCCAACAUCGUUGAUGAGGAUCUAUCAGAUGAUGAAAGCGAGGUUGAAGAGGAGAGUGACACCCCACCUAGCGAUCGGCAACAACUUCAAGAAGCACUUGACGUGGCCACAGUAGCACAAGAACAAGAACUCCCCUCCUAUAAAACUGAUGAACUACUUGACCAGUGUGGGUAUGCAGCUGCAGUAUUGAAUUUUGCAGAUUUAGAAGCUAUCAAUAAUCUUCCAGACGAUGACCCUAAUGCCCUUGCUGAGAUCUGA